UUGGCUCCGAAUGAUCGUAAAAACUUAAAUCAGGAAAGAGAAGUUUCUUGUCAGAAAAGAAGAACUUAUCAUGACAAUUUCUUGGAGUUUGCUACAAAAUGCAUUCUUUGCAUUGGAUGUGUUCAAAGUGAUUUAAACAAUUUGGAAUACUUUAUUCGUUUUAGAAUUGGAUUGUCAUAUCGUGUUAAAAAUGUCGUGGAUAUUAAUUUUUUUUCUCGUGCUUCUGGCCAGCUUGGGUGUCAUGGUCAACGGAAAGGGAACCAUUCCGCCGGAUCUUAACUAUGAUCACGUGACUGAAACAACAGCAGAGACAAAACACAAUACGCCCUCCACGGUACUGCCUGAAAUUCUCACAACUUCAAAAUAUACGUCGUCCUCAAAAGUUAACUUCCAAGUGUUGGAUGUUAAGUCAACGUUUCUACCAAAAAUACUCGUAUCAUCAUCACCAUUAUCAUCAUCACCAUCAUCAUUAUCAUCAUCAUCAUCAUCAUCAUCAUCAUCAUCAUUGUCAUCUUCACCAUUGUCAUCUACGGAAAGCCAUACUAUACUCAAGUCAUCAUCAUCAUCAUUAUCAUCACUGUCAUCAUUUUCAUCAUCAUCAUUGUCGUCUUCGUCUCUAUUGGCAGCAACGUUAUCAUCGUCUACAACGUCAGUAUCAAAUUCAUCAUCAUCAUCAUCACCUCCUCCGUCUGCAAAACUGUUUUCAUUAUUCUCAUCUUCAGUCACACUUGAGCAAAAAACAACACGUCCUCUAUCAUCAGUGCCAUCAAAAACUUCGUCAUCAACUUUGACAUUUUCAUCAUUACCGGCAUUGUCUCCGACGCUUUCAUCGUCGUCAUCUUCAUCAUCUUUAUCAUUGUCGUCUUCAUCAUCGUCAUCAUCAUCAUCUUCAUUGUCUUCGACGACAUUAUCGUCAAAACCCUCUACUGAAUUUUCAUCAUUAACAAAUCUAUCAUCAUCAUCAUCAUCAUUUUCACCAUCACCGUCAUCACCAUCUUCAUCAUCAUCAUCAUCAGCAUCAUCGUCGUCGUCAUCAUCAUCAUCAUUACAAUCGUCAUCGUCAUUAACAUCUAUAUCGCAAUCAUCGUUAUCGUUAUCGACAUCAAAAUCAUCGUCAUCAACAUCGCCGUCAAGAGCAUCAUUGGCACCAACAUCAAACACAAAAGAACCAGAAAUACACAAAGCAAAAGAUGAAACACUUAAUAUGAACAUGCAAGGAACAGAAUCGAAAGGAUUAACCCAUUCCAAAAUUAGUGUCAACAAAUAUACAAAAGGUCAAACGAAAGUUCCACUGCUAAUAAGGACUACACGGCAGGCUGAUGCAUACCAUCAGUCGCCGAUAGAGGGCAACACUGACAACUCUCCGAGGCGUACGACACGGAGCAGUACCAUGACAUCAUCACAUGCAAAACGUUCGACACCAUCCUCGUCCCCAAGGCAAGAAUAUGAGCCGAGGGACGAUAUUGAAAAGAAGAACAUGUCUGCGUCUAUCGUAGAGGAUGCAGAAUUAGAGGAUACAUUACAUAAUAAAAAUACUCCUGAGUCCGUACAUCAUAGUCAGAGGAUCCCAUAUUCAACUACAGCAAAUCACUUUUCACAAACAAUCCAUGACUCAGCAGAAAAUCAUAUAACUCAUAAAACAACGCGAGAGACCACGUGGACGACAAGAAAACCUCCCAAAAAUGCAACACGGACGUACACAGCAAGUAUGUCACUUCCUACGGGUAUUCCUCUCGGCCCCAACGGGGAGGAGCUGGACGUGGAACUCACCUCUGAACCGGAAGUGACGGAGGAGGUAGGGAUCCCAAAACGGAAGAAACGCCGUAAGCGUUCGAAUGAGUAUCGGAUUAAGAAAUUCUUGUUCAAGGGUGAAUUCUACGACCGCACGUCGCGUCCAGUGACAGAGGAUGACUCUAUUGUGAGGGUACUCAUUGCUAUGUCCCUCUACCACAUCUUAGAUACGAAUGAAAAGUACCAAACCCUGUCCGCGUUGAUUUCAUUACGAUUGCGUUGGAAUGACGAGUACCUGAGGUGGGACCCGGAGAGGUUCGGCGGCGUGAGCACCAUUUGGAUCCCGGUCACUAAGAUUUGGAUUCCCGAUGUGGUCAUCAGUAAUUACGCUGACGAUAGCUUUCAUGACCUGAUGCACACCAAUGCAAUCGUAAAGAACAACGGUGAUAUACUGUGGAUGUUCCCGGCGGUGACUAAGACCUACUGCACCUUGGAUGUCCGAUACUUCCCCUUCGACAGCCAGAGUUGCGGCCUGGUGUUCAUCUCGUGGACGUACUCGGGCUUCGAGGUGGAUUUGGCGCAGGACAGAAACUCUACCAAUACUAUUUAUUAUACUCCUAAAAACCAGGAAUGGGAUGUGUCAAAAAUAAGUGUUGAGACCCACAACAAAACGUAUAUCUGCUGUGCCGAGCCCUAUCCCGACGUGACAUUCACUAUCCACAUGCAGCGGCGUAGUCUGUUUUACAUCCUCAAUAUGAUCUUCCCCUGCCUGCUGAUAUACUUUGUCGCUUUCCUCGGGUUCUUCCUUCCCAUUGAGAGCGGUGAGAAGGUCAACCUCGAGAUCACUAUUCUACUAGCGCUGGUGGUGUUCCUGCUGAUAGCCGGCGAAACCUUGCCCCCAACGCCGGAUGCAAUACCUAUUUUAGGCAUGUUGUAUGGUGCCACCAUGUUGAUGGUUUCCGUUGCUCUUGUGAUGGCCGUGACCGUAACAAACCUUUAUCUCCGCCGCCAUUCGGGCCAGCGCGUCCCGUACUGGCUAAGACGCUUCCUUUAUAAAAUAUGCCCGCGCGGCAGGCGGCGCGACACACAGGACGGGAUCGUGCGACAUAGGAGAGAAACUCACGAAGUGAUAACGUUCAAAAUGAACCACGAAAAUCACAGGGACGCGGAGACGCGAUUUGACUGUGAUGGCGAAAUGACGAGCAUGCAUAGUGAUAUUGAGAGCUUGGAGCAUAACCGUAGGGGCAGCCACUACAUCAAGGCAGUACAGACCCCGGACCACACGGAACAGGAACAGCUAUUCGCUGAGGAGUGGUCCAUGUUAGCUAAGUGUGUCGACAGAAUUUUCUUCUGGUUGUUCUUCAUUCUGAGUGCAAUAUUUCUAAUUGGAUUAUUUUCCAAAGUUCCUUCUGAUUCUCUGAGUAGCUUUGACUCGGGUAGUCUUAUAUGAUUGUUAAUAACAUUUUUUAGUUUUAUUCGCAGUGUAUAUUUAUGAUCAAUGAGCAAAGGUUAACUGUUUGUAUUAGAUCUAUUUACAAUAUAGGCUCUUGCACUUAAAUAAAGUCAAUGUUUUUUUAUUCGAACCCCCUCCCCUCCCCUCACACACUGGUCUCAAUGCAUUUGUCACAACCUACACUUAACUUACAAUAUUUCUGUCAACGGCGUGAAACAAAUCAGACCUCCAGCCCUCUCCUCCCCCUCAUACCCAAAUAAUACCGUUAAGCCCUUCUAUGGCACCGCCCAAGAAAGUGGUCCUUGUCCGAUUCGGACGAGAAUCAAGCAAUUAACUUUGCCUGGCCUGGUUUGUGUUUUUGAUCAGGAAGGAAACACAAUGUAAUGUCGGAUAUCACUGUCUUGGUGUCUUCCGGAGACGUAUGGCGAAUCCUCUCUGAUGCCAGAAUUAGAGAAGAGAAGAUAGGACGUCAUGAUGACAAGUUAAAGGUUUUUCUAUGAUCGCACUACAAGUUGAGAAUUUAGGGAGAGUACCUUUCCGAGGUCGGUUAUGCCGAGCUACUAAGCAUCACGGUGAGUAAAGGUAUUGGUUUACUUUACAACACAAUAGAAACAAGGCCCUCCCAUUACAGUGUUGGAUACAGAGAAACCUCGGCACGUUUUGUCAUUUUCACAAAUCCAAAUAUUAAUGUAUAUACAUGUAGUUUGUUUCAAAUAAUGUACAUAAAGUAUAUAUACGAUGAUAUUGUUAAAUUUAUAGUUGUAGAGAGUUUUAAA